CCUUACACGACUUGCUGGGACGUGACAAUUCCUCCCAGUACCUCCGCCAACCGUCAGUGGAGCAGCAGUCGACAGUCAGACCAGCGAGUUCUCAGGUCGCCAUCUUUCUUGAAACCGUUGGAACGUUCACUAAUCGUAAUUGAACACAGCACCACGCCAUCUGCUGCUUUCUCCUCUCCAGAAAUCAUGGGACAGAAAAGCGGAAAAUUAACGAAACAACAGACACAGUCGCUGCAACGGCUCGUCAGCUUCUCAGAGGAUGAAAUACAGGAUUGGUGGCAGGAGUUCAUUCGGAGUGCAAAGGUCAGUUCUGGAUCAAAACCAUUCUUGACUCAGAAAGAAUUCAUCGAGGUGUACAACACAGUGUACCCGGGUAACGGAGAGGAAUAUGCCAAGCACAUCUUCAGGACCUUUGACCAAAAUGGCGACGGGAGAGUGGACUUCCGGGAGUUUCUCCUGGGUCUGUCCAUCACCAGCAGCGAAAAGGAGGAGAAAAAGCUGCGCUGGGCUUUCCAGUUGUACGACAUCAACCAGUCUGGAUUCAUAACAAAAAAUGAGAUCAUUGAGAUCCUUCAGGCCAUAUUCAAAAUGAAUGGUCUCAACCAAUCGUCGACAAAGAGCGCCGGCUUGGGUACACCUGAAGAACUGGCGUCCAGCCUCUUCGAGGUGAUGGAGACAGACGGCGACAACAGCAUCUCGUGGUCUGAGUUCCGCAGCGCCGCCACGCGGUGCUCGCUGAUUGUCGACCUGCUGCAGUGUUCUCCGGGGCCAGAGUUCGAGGCUGUUCUCAAGCAACAUUCAAACAACGAAGUGUUUGAAUGAUAGACAGUAGUCAUCCCCGACUUCACGCCCUCAACACGCAUGAAUAAUCAUCACAUCACAACAGGCGACCCUUAAGGCUCUCAGGUCGAAGGUAGGAGGGAUGGGUGAAGAACAUGUGACAAGUUGUCAGAAGGAUGCAGCACGAGGCCGUUGUGGCAGUUAAACAACCUGAGGAGUUAGUGACAGUUGCCUGACUGUCAUCGCUACCUGUGCCGUGUGACACUACUGACAUGUCAGGACACAAAACCACUGGUGCUACGAUGGUGCCUGGUGCACAGAUUGUGGUCGAACAUCGUAAAGAGCUUUGUAUUUCAGUAUUCGUCCGAACUCAGUGCAAUUAAUGGGAAUAGGCUGAGCACAACAUGUAGCUUAUUUUAUUUAUUUAUUUUUGAGACGCGUUCUGGCAGAAAAUUCGAGACUUGACAAGGAGGAGGCUAACUUUUAUGGAACAUUUCAGUUACUCCGCUGAGUUGCAUACAUGUGUUAGCAAGUGUCUGUGUGUGUGUGUAAAAUAUGUGAGUGUGUGUUUAUCUAUAAUUUAUAUGUAUACUUGUGUGUGUGUGAAUUAUAUGUGACUGUGUACAGAAGUUAUCCUAAUAUCCGGGCGCUUGUUUGUCUGUAUUUAAAGAUAUGGUAGAGUAUGUUAGCCCGAGGACUUGUCAGCAGAUGCCUGUGUGAAUAUGUGAAUAUGCUAAUAUGUGAAUAUAUGAAUACUUAUUAAUAUG